AUGGAACCCAAAAUGAUUUUUCUUCAGUUCCUUGAAUUCUUGAAGAAAUGGAUCAUGAUUAUGUCGAAAAAUGGCAAACUUAUGGCCAUUGUAACCUCGAUCUACAUCAUCAUCGCGUCUCUUUUCUCCGUCUUGAACAUCUCUACAGCCAAACCAAUCAUAUUUGAUAUCGUCACAAAAUCUAUGAUGCUACCUUCUCAAGAUCCACAAGGCCUUGUUUUUGCACACGUUCAAAAUACGAUACAGAAAGAGUUCAAAAUAUUCUUAGGCAUCGAACUAGCUUUCAUUGUAGGCCUAUUCAUCACGUCUCUUAUUGCCCAAAAUGCAAUUAUUUUGCUAAUUGGAGCUGCUCACAAGGACGAGAAAAUAUCUCAUAUAGAUCUGAUCUUAAGGAUGCCACAACCAUUAAAAAGAACGUUCAUCACUUCUUUUCAUGUAACACUUCUCAGAAUCGGCUUUCUCUACAUUGGUUUCUUUUUCGUAAUCGUUCUUAUGACAAUGACUUCUGGGAACAAGAUUGUAUCAAAACUGAUACUAUGGACGCUCGUGGUUCUUGUUGUGAGCAUGUAUCUAUAUUUUUCAGUUGUUUGGGUUCUAUCCAUGGUGGUUUCCGUGCUAGAAGAGUGUUCUGGAAUUGAGGCGUUAGGAAGAGCUGGGAGGCUUGUUAAAGGCAUGAAGUUACAAGGGUUUCUUCUGAACCUUCUGUUGAAUCUUCUAUCAUAUGUUAUCUUUCAUUUCUUAUCGAAGAUGAUGAUGGUUAAACAACCGUUGACUCAGGCGAUCUUGGUUUUUUUUCUUGUGGGUUUUAUGUGUUCGAUAACCAUGUUCACGUUUCAGGCAUACACAGUUUUAUACUUCGAGUGCAAGAUGAAUCAUGGUGAAGAGAUUGAACUGCAUGGGAGCGUUGAAUAUAGUAAAAUACCAAGAGUACCUCUUGGUGAAGAACUACUAUAA